AUGUCGAGUGGGAAACGCCGAAAUCCACUCGGACUCAGCCUACCUCCGACGGUCAGCGAGCAAGCCGAGCGGGAGGACGCUAAAGAGGAGGAGGAUGUUGUACCCGCACGAAUCACUAUCGAUGAGCAAUUGAUGCGGCUGGGAUUGACCGAACCGCAAAAACAGCGAAUGGAGGAAUGGGUUGCCGUGAAAGAGGGGAUCGCUGAAAGCGAUCUAAGCGAAGACUUCUUUGAAACUCUUGGCGAGUUGGGACAUGGGAAUGGUGGAGUCGUCAACAAAGUUAGACACAAACAACGAGGGAUCAUAAUGGCCAGAAAACUCGUGCAUUUGGAAGUGAAACCCAGCGUAAGGACACAAAUUUUAAAAGAGUUAGCCGUCCUACACAAAUGCAACUCGCCAUUUAUUGUCGGUUUUUAUGGAGCGUUCGUCGACAACAACGAUAUCAGUAUCUGCAUGGAGUACAUGAACGGAUUGUCUCUCGAUAUCGUUUUGCAAAGAAUGGGACGUCUUCAAGAAAACUUUGUUGGUCGCGUUUCUGUUGCUGUCGUUCGAGGGUUGACGUACUUGAAGGACGAAAUUAAGAUUUUACAUCGAGAUGUGAAACCGUCGAAUAUGCUGGUGAACACAGCUGGCGAGAUCAAAUUGUGCGAUUUUGGUGUGUCUGGAGUUCUUGUCGACAGCAUGGCGAACUCAUUUGUAGGGACACGAAGCUACAUGGCUCCCGAACGACUCACUGGCUCUCAGUACAGCAUCUUAUCGGACAUUUGGUCGUUUGGGCUUUCAUUGAUCGAGCUGCUUGUCGGGAAAUAUCCUGUUCCGGCAAUCACCAAGAAGGAAUUCGCCAACAUUUUCCAAGUACCCGAGGGAGAAAUUGUAUUAGCGGAUGAACGGAGUGAAGUUCCAACUUAUCAAUCAUCAACAUCCCCUGCAUCGAUGGCAAUUUUCGAGAUGUUGGACUACAUUGUAAAUGGACCCGCUCCCACUUUGCCACGAAACAUUUUUACGGAUGAGUGUGUCGAUUUCGUGUCUAAAUGCCUGAAGAAAGUGCCCGUCGAACGAGCAAAUUUGAAGACUCUAGCUGCGCAUCCAUUCUUCCAAAGGUACACUCAAUUCGACGACAAUGGCGAAUUCGCAGCAUUUGUGGCGAAGACGGUUCAAAUUGGAGGUGGAAAU